CAAUAGAUGAAAAGCCUUUCAACAUAAUUUGUAUAUGAUUAGAAAGGAAAAUGUCUGUCGUUGAAUGUUGCAUCAAAAGUUGCAACAACAAGAAAGUACCCGAGAGUUCUGUGAGCUUUCAUUAUAUGCGCUUCGACUGGAUUUUGGAUCUCAAGGAUAAAAACGCCAUUAAAGAAGGAUUGACAAAAAAACUCAUUUGUAGCAAACAUUUCAAGCCGGAACUUGUGAUUGAACGAAAUGGUCGAGAAUUUCUUGUGCCAAAUGCUGUUCCAACUGAACAUUUGCUAAAAGAACCAGAUGUCGAUACAAAAAAGACGAAAAAACAUGUUUUGACAACUAACAAAAGGUCUUCAGAAAUUGAGAAGAAAACGUGUGACAUAAAAAAACUCCAAUUGCCAAACUGCUAUGUGCACAUUAAUAAAAUGGUUUUGAAAUGUUUCGGUCCAAAUUGUGGUAUCAUCAAUAACUCUCACACUUAUGUAGCACAAAUUUCUUCUGAUUCCGUUAAAUCUCAGUACAUUUUUUUGUGCAAACAACACAAAAAUGUUUUCAAAUCGGAUAAGCAGUUUCAUUUGCGAAAAACUGAAAAUGCUCUAUCGUUGAGAAAAGGUUCAAUUUCUAUUGAAGAUUCAGAAACGGAAGAAAUUACCGUUUCAAAGAGAGUUGAAUCAAAGAAAAUUGUAGAAAAACGAGCAACACGGUUCUCUAAUUCACAGCAAAAGGAGAAUGUUUUGUCAAAAUCUGUGAAAACCCAGAAAAAGAGUGCAAAAGAGGAUGACGACGGAAAUAAAUCUCCAUCUGAGAUUUGGAAAAAAAUCGUGAAACAAUCGAACACUGAUAGCAAGAAUCGAGUACGUCCUGAAAAGAGAAACGUUCAAGCGACAUCUGAAAUUUCUGAGAGGAGAUCUGAUAAAAAGGUUAAAGUCGAGCCUGAGGUGAUUUGUCUCGAAGACAGUGACAGUGAUGAUGAAAAAUCAUUGAAAAAGCCAAAAGAUGAUGGAAUAGCGCAAUGUUGCAUUCCCGGAUGUAAAAGCUCGAGUGUUCAUUCCAUCAUAACAGUCGGCGAAUCGCCCAAUUUCGAACAUCUUACUGUCUGUUUGCACCAUCGAGAUUGCUUUAAAAAUAUUCACGCUGUGAAACCUAUCGAAAUACAUCCCAAUGAAAAAUCCAAAUACGGUAAUUAUGUGUUGGAAGAAGGAGAAGUACCUCCAAGUCCUGAAAAGUCUCCUGAACGAAUUUUGCCAACAUCAACAAUUGUCGCUUCUCCGUCGCGAAUAAUUGAACCAAUACCUGUUCAACGUGUUCGCCCAACAGUAAGUGUCAGUAAUACCAUAGAGGUAAAUGCACAAGGACACACUUUGAUUUCACGAAAAUGUACAACAAAUCCAUCAGGAUCAUCAGAGCUUUUUGUGCUUGAAGAAUGGAGCGAUGGAUCUAAAAUUUACACGCCAGCGCCUCCGGGAUUACCCCUCGGAAAAUGUACAAAAGAGCAAAUUGCUUUUUACAAGGCACGAAUUCCUCCUUCCUCAUCGACAUCGAUCAUCCCUACUGUGAUUCCAGAUAACAAUGAAAUACUCUCAGCGCGUCAUAUUGUGCCAAGUGUCGCUCCAACCCUGCCUAUUGCAGAUAUUAGUAAGAGUGAAUUAGUAUACAUUGGAGGAAAGCCGUAUCUUUUGACGGGUGUUCAAGGUUUAGGAUUAACACGUGAUGCUGUUCAACCAUCGCCUUCUGUACAACCAACAAUUUUUCCAUCAGUAUCAUCGACAACGAUACCAAAAGUGUUGUCAGUGAGAUCUUUAAGCGAUCCAAGUUCUUUUCCUCGAGCAACAAUUGUUUCUGCAAACUCACAAAAAACCAGAAUAAACAAAAAUUCAAUGAAUACAUCGACGUCAUUUGAAGAUGAGGAAGAAACUAUUCUGUCGGAUCAUAUUGAGCCCGUUCCUGUAGCUUUAAGACGCGUUGAAUCAACAUCAGGACCCUCGAGGGUACGACAACUACCUCAAAAAUCUAACAAAACAACGCCAAGAAUUGAGUUAUGUAAAUCCUCUGUGCCAAAGACCUCAAGCACGCCUUCUCCUCAAACGUCAAAUACCCGCAAAACAUCAUUUCAUUUGGAGAAAAGUUUGCCAAAACCAGUUAGUAAAAAUCCAACAGUAACAACGAAUACUUGUAACUCAAUUCAACGAUCUCCUCCAAAAAUUGUCAAACCUCCAAAUAUUAUCAAGACAAUCAGUUUAAACUCUCUUACGAUACCAAAGUUUCCCAAAGGGUUAGAAGUGACGUCGAUACCUGCCAUUGAUGAUGAUUCCGACAACGAAGAUCCCAAAAUUGACAUGAUACAAAAUGAAAUGGAAAUCGAAGAUCCAUCAGAUCCACUCUCGAUGAAUGUUAUUGAGUCAAUCGAUCUGAAUAAGGACCCUUUGAAUGAAGAUUAUCAACCAUUUUCGAAAAGGAAACAAAAAUCGCUUGAACGAAAACGUGGAGGCAGCUUGCCAUUUCCAAGCUCUCUAAAACAAAAUCGGUUUUUAUUGUGGAAGAAAAGAGUCUGUAAGAUCAAAAAAGAUCUUACUACAAAAGUGAUUUCCAAUCGAUUUUUCGAAGUUUCCGCAAAUAUAAAUUCCGUUGAAUCUAACAAAAAAUCUCCGAAUUCUUCAUUCAAAAGCACAAAUCUAAAUUUUUGCGAUUCAUGCGAUAUUUUGUUCAAGAGCAGCAUGCGACUUUUGGCUCACAAAAAACUUUGUGCUGACAACCAUUUGGAUUUAAAAGACACCCGAAUUUACGUUUGUGGAAGAUGUCAGGCAACGUUUCAUAAACGUUUUUCAAUAUUUAAUCAUGUUAGACAGUGUAAUAUUAAACCACAAAGCAUCUACAACUCGCCAUUCAACUGCGGAUAUUGCAGUCACUCAUGUGCCUCUUUAGGCGAAAUGGAAGCGCAUUUUGAAAUAGCAUGCAUUGUCUUAAAUGCAAACAAGAAUUCAAUUAAAAUGGAAUCUAACCAAUUAGAAGUAUUUUAGAAAAAAAACAUUACCUAUAUUAGAGUAAUCUGUAGAAAAAAUUGUUUUUCAUUAAAUACAAUCAACAUUUAUUAAAAUUUUUUGAAACAAUAACAUGAGGUGCUUAUUAAAUAUAUCAAAUAUGUACAAAGAUUAACUUCAGAGGAGUUGAAGAAUAUUUCAAAAGUUGUUACGUGCUUUUCUGAAUUUGUAACUACCUUUGUCGUUGU